GGGCAGCCGCCCCCCCCAGGCGACAGGGGACUCCCAGAGGCCGGGGGGCCCCAGACAGCAGCAAGGAACACGCGAACCGAAGCCGAAAGGCCCCAGGUCUCCGGGGCAGCAGGGACGUGCCCGAGGCCCGAGGGUCCUUGCCUCGAAUUUCAGAAGGCUGGGGCAGCGGAGGAAGCAGGCGGCCCAGCAGAAGGGGACACGCCAGGGGCCCAGGGCCCCCAAGAAGGGGCGGCACUAGAGCCCUCCUGGACUCUGUCUUGGCUAUAGACUGUGGGUGCCCUGUGCUGGCUGCAAUACACCACUUGGCCCUGCCCUCUGUCUCCUGCUGAGCGAGGGGUUGCUGCAUUCCCCGCCUCUGGGCGGGGCGCGAUGGGUGCAGGGUUACCCCCCCGCAGGGCGGAAGCACAGUCUGAGCGCGGGCACACGCUGAGCCUUUCCUUGUGGUGUUGGGGAAGUGGUGGGGCAGCUUCUCCCUUCAGCCAGCCGCGGGCAGGAAGGAACCUCUGUCUGCUGUCCUGGGGCGAGCAGCACAGAGCCAGGGCCGUGCCAGGAUGAACUGCACAGAGGGGGCCAUCCGUGACUUCCAGGAACGCUUGUGGCCCGUGCUGGCGGUGGAGUUCCUCCUGGCUGUGCCUGGCAAUGCGCUGGCCAUCUACCGCUUUGUGGCCCAUGAGCGCGCCUGGCACUCGGGCAUCGUGUACUCCUUCAACCUGGCCGUCAGCGGCCUGCUCUACGCCCUCUCCCUGCCCUUCCUGGCUGCCUACUACUACCCGCCCAAGCACUGGAGCCACGGCCUGGCCCUCUGCAAGCUCGAGCGCUUCCUCUUCACCUGCAACCUCUACGGCAGCAUCUUCUUCCUCACCUGCAUCAGCCUCAACCGCUACCUGGGCAUCGUGCACCCCUUCCUGGUGCACGGGCGGCUUGAG